GCCAUUUUGGCUCAAGCCGCUGAGCAUUUGCCCCCGAGCUUCGCGCCACGUGCCCCCUGCCGCGCGCCUGCUGGCCCAUCGCCAUGUGCGUGGACUCGCCCGUCACGCGGCUGCCGACGCCCCCCCACGGGCGCGCCCAGCCGAGCGGGCCCGACGGGUGGGCCCCCGCCCGCGGCACGGGAGCGACGGAGGCCGACCAGGGAGCGGGAGCGCACGACCUCGACGCGUGGUGGCCCAUUGACGACCCCGACGACCCCGACGAGGGGGCCCUGACGAGGCGCUUUGGCGCGGCCUCGGGGCCCGGCGGCGCAGGGCCCGGGCAGAGCGAGCGGCCCCUGGCCGAGCCUGGCAUCCUCCGGCGGCGCGGCGGCAGGCUGCUGGGGCUGGCGGCGGUGGUCGACGUCGCGUCCUCGGCGCCAGAGCCGCUCGGGUCCCCCACCAGCUUCGCGUUGCGAUACCCCUCGAGUUCCGUGCUACCCCGCCGCGCGCCCGACAUUCCCGAGGCCGCGCCCGCGGCGGCCGCGCGCGGCGCCGCCGGGCGCGGGGCCGCCCGGGCGCCGCCAUCGCAGCAGCUGCCGGCGCUCGUCGCCCCCGCGGCGGCCGAGGAGGGCCUGGGCGCGUGCGCCGACAGGCGGGCGCUGCGCAGGGUGAGGAGCGGUGUUGACAUGGGCGCCACGGGAGACGUUCGAGAGCACGUCUCGCGGCGAGGGUCUGGCCAGCCGAGGUGCGUCAGUUUCUCGACGUCGCCCCUGGACGGCGUCUACGACGUGACGCCAUACGCCAGAAAGUACGGCGUCCACCCGAGUUUCUUCGACUUCGACCGAAAAGGUGAGAUGAAGCUCACCGAGGAGGGCGUCCUGGAGGACCUGAGGCGUACGGGGGAGGGCCGCCAGCGUCUGAAGCUGAGCGGGGAGGCGAUGCUGUGAGGAAUCAUUGCGCCGCUUGCGUCGACGACGACGACGACAACGACGGCGACGACGACGACGACGGCGCUUUCGGCGCAAUUUGUGGAAUUGCAUCGAUGUGCCACCUCCUCGCCCCUCGUGGUCGCUCGCAUCUUCCCCAGGCCUCUGCUACAGAGGGGGCCCAUGCCAAGAAACACCCUGCUUGCCUCCAUCAGGGCUGGGUUGCUUGUGGAAGGUUUCUUGUGGUCGGGCCCCCACUGUGCAUCACAUUUUGUUGCUCGCGAGCGCGGCCAGUCGGGGUAAAACGCCGCUGGUGGGGCGGAGCCACGCCUGAAAUGCUGCACAAGCCCAACUACAUUGCUAGCUGCCAGAAACUCCAAUACCGGAUAAUUCGUCACCCAGAUUGUACGUCUCAGGUGUUUGUUCGCUUCGGUGUGCACCAUAGACGCGUUAACGGUGUGUUAGCUAUCGGCGAUGUAUGAGCUCGGCUUGAGGAUGAGCAUGUGUCCGCUCGAGUGUUUAUCGAGAUGGAUGUCGUGCGCUUCGUUCAUGUAGAGCUACGGGUUUGUCGUUUGAACUUUUCUUAGCGUCCAGGCACACCACAAGAGUGCAUGUUCGUGCUGAGGGCCUGCCAGGAGGAGACUCUACUUUAUCCGCAGACGUAAGUAUUUUUAUGAAAGAGCGCGAUCUGUGGAAGCUGAGAAGGGGGGGUCGAAGCAAGGCGGUGUAGAUCUGCUUGGAGGUAGUUCACACUAAUCAGCAUGUCCGCCAGCGCCGAUCUGCGCAUAGCAGGCAGCGUUGCAACCACUACACGGAUGCAGUCCGACUGCCCGUGCACUUCCAACCCCUGCUCUCUCUCUCUCUCUCUCUCCUCUGCGCCUAUCUCCUCUUUCCCACCUCCCCCGCUCCUCGAGCCCUCCUCCACCAUAGCAGGCCUUGGCAGACCCUGAGGUCAGGGAUUCUGCGACAGGCGCGGCGAAACCGCAUUUGCAUCGGAAGCGCGUUUUGACCUGAGCUCGACAGGCGGUCCUCUGCUCAUGCAGCUUGCACUGCCUGGAUUCCCUGAUGCUCCUCGGCGUCUGUGCGGUGCUGCCCGCUGCCGUGCGGCCUGUGUGGGCGCGGUGCCCACCGCCGCGCCGAGGCGGUGCUGGCGCUGCCGGCACGGGGGGAGAGGGAC